AUGGCUGCUGAUUUUGGUUGGAUGGUCCCAAACUAUUCAACCUCUACUGCUUGUGCUACAAGCAGCUUCCGUACUUUGAAUUCGGCAAAUCAUUUCAUUAAAGCCAAUGCAAACCAUGGUGGCCUUGUUAUGGGGGAUGGAGCUGGCGUUUUGCCUCUAGAAGAGUUAGAACAUGCUAAGGAUCACAUCGUCUGUAAGGUUGUAGGUGCAAAGUCCGUAGGGACAUUCUGGGCCGGGGUUAUUCUUUGCAUUGAAAAGGCUUUAGAACAGUCUGGGGUGUCUAGGGAAGAUGUUAAUUACAUUAAUGCACAUGCUACAUCCGCGCCGGCCGGAGAUCUCAAGGAAUAUAAUGCUCUGAUUCAUUGUUUUGGCCAGAAUCCUGAGUUGAGAGUGAACUCUACAAAGCCCAUGAUUGGUCACCUACUGGGAGCAUGUGGUGCUGUAGAAGCUGUUGCAGCACUACAGGCAGGGAGGACGGGGGUUGGGACCCACGCUCUGUUAAAGACACGUGUCCCCCUGCAGUAG